AUGACCAAGCCUUCUGCAGGCCACUUAUACAUCUUGGCCACCACAGAUUACUUCUCCAAGUGGGUUGAAGCCGUCCUACUUAAAGAAUUCAAGAAAGAAACUGUUGUUGACUUCAUCAAAUCUUACAUUAUUUAUCAAUUUAAGCAACACAAUUCCUCAAUGUACAGUGCACUUCCCAACGAACUGGCAGAGGCAUUUAACAAAACUUUGGGCAACCUAUUGAAAAAUGUAGUUACUAAAUCAAAGUGGGAUUGGCAUGAAAGAAUUGGAGAAGCACUCUGGAUUCCCUCAUUAAAGAUAGCUAUACAGAAAAGUCUCACUGAUGAUGAGAAUGCAAAAUUACGCCUUGCUGAGUUAGAAGCAUUGGAUGAGAAGAGAUUGGAAGCACAACAAAAACUUGAGUGUUACCAAGCUCAUCUCUCCAAAGCCUUCAAUAAGAAGUGGGAUGGUCCAUACAUGGUAACUGAAGUUUACACUAAUGGAGCAUACAAGAUUGUUGAUAAAAAAGGUACAGGAGUUGGCCCAAUCAAUGACAAAUUCCUAAAACGCUACUAUUCGUGA